AUGGUAAACUCCAUGGUAUACCUGGGGCUCUCCCUUAACAGCUCCAGUCUCGGUUCCAAUGAUUACCUCGCCUUUGCUCUCUCAGCUGGUGUCGAGAUCCCUGCCUUCAUCAUGGAUGUGUUUAUUAUCGAAUAUUUUGGUCGGAAGCCGAGUCUUUUUAUGUGCAUGAUGUUUGGUGGGAUUGCCUGCGUCUCGACCGCGUUCCUAUCUCCUGGUGCUGCUUUGACAACGGUUGCUAUGAUAGGCAAGUUCGGAAUCACUGGAUCCUUUUGUAUAAUGUACCUCUACACAGUUGAACUCUAUCCAACGAAUAUAAGGGGUGUAGCCAUCGGCAACUGUUCAAUGUUCUCAAGGAUAGCGAGUAUAGUAGCUCCUCUCAUCCUACUCCUUAGCAAGUACUGGUCUCCUCUGCCUCUUGUUAUAUAUGGCUCCGUUGCGAUCAUAGCUGCACUUUUUGCCUUAACUCUCCCUGAGACGCGAGGAAAGAAACUUCCCGAAACCCUGGAACAUGUCGAAGAAGGAGAAAAGUUCAACGUAGAAGAGCGGGUAUGAUGUUUGGAUUUUCCAAGAUGGCGAUACGCAUAGAAUCCAGAUAGAGUUCUUAGGUUGGCAUGUUAGUUUACUUCAUCAUGGUCAUGGCGUAUUUGGAUGCAUUUGUCUGCUGCUUCAGUUACCCCGACAGACCGACAUUAAACUCUUCUCAAGCUAAUACGCUCCUACUGGAUGUUCAGCAAGGACAGAUCAUGUGUUGGGUGAGAUAUCGGAUUGUCUGGUUCCAGGAAGUCUUUCUAUGAGACGCCGAUUGUACCAAUAUUAUAUAGAACAAUUAUUUGUUAUAUAAUCAUUAUUUAUUAAAUAAUAACUAUUAUUUAUAUAUAAUUUACAUUUUAUUUGUAAAUAAUUACCAUUAUAUAAAAUAACAUUUCUAAUUAUUUAUAUAUAAUUCCAAGUAAUAAUUAUUCUUAAAUAAUAAUAGUUCGACAUUCCAUUAUUUGUAAAUAAUGAUUGUUUUUCAUUAUUUAUAAAUAAUGAUUAUUUGUUUUUCAUUAUUUAUAAAUAAUGAUUAUUUGUUUUUCAUUAUUUAUGAGUAAUGAUUAUUUGUUUUUCAUUAUUUAUAAGUAAUGAUUAUUUGUUUUCAUAAUUUUUUUUUUUAAUGAUUAUUUGUUUUUCAUUAUUUAUAAAUAAUGAUUUUUGUGUUUCAUUAUUUAUAAAUGAUGAAAAACAGUAAUCAUUAUUUAUAAAUAAUGAAAAACAAAUAAUCAGUAUUUAUAAAUAAUGAAAAACAAAUAAUCAUUACUUAUAAAUAAUGGAAUUAUAUAUAAAUAAUUAGAAAUGUUAUUUUAUAUAAUAGUAAUUAGUUACAAAUAAAAUGUAAAUUAUAUAUAAAUAAUAGUUAUUAUUUAAUAAAUAAUGAUUAUAUAACAAAUAAUUUAUUAUAUAAUAUUGGUACAAUUGGCGUCUCAUAUCUUUAGUGAAGGAAAACUGGAAUAUCUAUGAAAGGACCUAGCUGAUCACUUUUGAGGACUCAUCGGGCAUUUAUUGGGACACGAGUUGUAGAGAAUUUUAAAAGGCAUAUACAGGAUUCAUUUUUUUUCUUGUCGUCUGUUCAUCAUUCCGUCCAAUUUCCUUAAGAACUGUCAAAAUCCAUUUCAAACUUGAACCAUGCAAUGAUUUGACAAUCUGAUUCAAAUUAAGGUAAUGAGGCCAUAGGAAAACGGUCAAGCAGAAUGAUCUACCUGAAAAAAGGAUCGUUCUCUGGAUAAAUUAAAUGAAAUGACCGAUCAAUUUUAGACUUAACUCAAAUGUUUACACAUGUAUACUCAUUAGUUGUGUUUUGGCAUUUAUGUAUACUUUGACUUAUUCAUUUUAAUUAAACCAUAUGGCCCGUAUUCUGAAGUCAGGUUUAACUUAGACCAAGGACUUACUAAACCAUGUUCUAACUCUGUGCUAAAAUUAUGGAAAGAAAAAGAUUAUCCAAUUUCGUUUACAUUGUAUAUUUCUUAUGUUUAAUAUUUUGCCUUCAUAAUGAAGAAAAAUUCUUCAAAAUACUUAUUUAUCAUUCCCAGACAAUUAUGAACAAUUUUAGUUUAGCAAUAUUUAGUGAAAACAGUUGUCAUGAAUAUUCAUUAGGUGGGCUGAUGAUGUCACAUCCCCACUUGUUCUUUUGUAUUUUAAGAUAUGAAAUUAGGUUUAUUCAAAUUGUUUUCCUCCAAGAACUAGAAAAAAUGGAUUGACAACUGAUUUAUUGCAUUAGAUAUUUAUUGCUGCAACUUAUUUCAUUAUCAGGGAGACAUAUUAUUCACACAAGUAUGAAAUAAUGAAAAAAUUAUGAUUUUAUGUAAUAACAUAAGAAAACGGAAAGUGGGGAUGUGACAUCAGCCCACCCAAUGAAUAUUCAUGACGACUGUUUUCACAAAAUAUUACUAAACUUUAUUAAACUUCUUUAACUUUAUUAUUUGUUAUCCGAUUUUGAUGAAAUUUUCGGCAUUUUGCUCAGUAAAUUCUACUCUAUGUAUCAAGCUAGAAAUACCUUCAGCCCGGACCAUCCCUUUCAUCCUCAUCUCCGGUUUGAUUCAAACUCUGGGCCCCCGUUGCAUAAAACUUACUAUCAUGGUAGCUUUACCACCCAAUGGUAACUACCACGGUAAUAAUGCUAAAGAGCCAAUCAGGAUCAAUGAUAUUUUUCAGCCCGGACCAUCCAUUUAAUCACGAGUUUUCAUAAUACUACACAGUCGCUUUCUGGAACGUUGAUAAUCUAUUGAAAAUGCUCGUCAAAUCACAAUGAUGAACAGAUAAGAGGUUAUAUUGUCGAAUAUUUGUGAACCGGGAGCGCAGAUUGUCCUAAAUUUUUGAGCUGACGAAAGAAAUUGGAAAUAUGUCGUUUGUCCAAAGUCCAGGACGACACUGCUGCUUUGAUUCACCGAUUUUAAACAAAGACUGAUUUGUUAUGAAGGGGUUAUGACAAUAUAUUCUCACCGUUCCAGAAAGUGUCUGCGUAUUAGUUGCAAAAAAACGGUGAUAUAAAAUACGGGCCGUAGCGACAGUAAUCUCAUUUGGGGCCUAAUAUUAUAUACAUCCAAGAGAGGAUUAGCCUUUUUUUUCAUAGAGGUACGUAUGAGAAAAAUGAUCUGAAUAUUUUAUGAAUUACACAAUUUUCAAAAGAAAAGAGAGCAAUUAUAUAUGCCAUGUCCUGCCAAUGGCGGAGGUAUAAGUUUCUACGGCGUGCAGUCGAGGAACCACUUUUUUUUUUUCAACGAGAGGUUUUAUUUUUAUAUGCAAUCUUAAUGAUAAAUAUUUUAUAUACAUGAGUUAUAUUUUUAAUACCCAUUAUGUAUUUUACAUAUAUAUUGUACGAUUUUAUAACAUAAUUAUAAACGCAUAUUAAAGUGAUCGAAAAAGAAA